GUUAGACCACUGGUGAACCCGUGCCAAUCUCACAUUCCACUGUGCAUUCCAAUGUUGCGGCCCAUCCAAGACAUCAUUUACGGUUGUAGUCUGCAUGUGGUUUGGUUGUCAGACAGGAACGUGGCUUGGCUCAACCACUACGACGUAGUGGCUAAUAGUGGCUAUAGUGGCUAUAGUGGCGGGGUUCGUAGGAGUUGAAUCAGAACAAACCCCCAAAACUUAUUGCUAUUUAUACACAUCAUUGCAGUUUUGUAAUUUCUCGCCCCUGUGAGAUCCGUCAUUGUUCUCCUCCACUUCAUCGUGCAUCCACGAUCAACAGGGGCCUGGCAAGGACUGGUAACAACCAACAAGGCUGCGCCGGCUUUCUAGUGGCAUACUGGUGGUAUUGGUGUCACUUGUCUAAAAACUUUACAAACAGACCUCGGGCCGCAAAGCUUCAAGAAGUUCUUUUAUUUCUUUAAAGACCUCCCCGCUAGAAAUUUCUGGCUUCGCUUUUGAUAGUUUUUAUCCGAUAAAUGCAGAGCUCCUGUUUGUUGAGGCUUGUGCGCAAGAUCCGCCAAGGAUAGACCCUCCUACUGCGGGUACUUAAUAUAAAGUCAAUAGAUCAAUAAUCUAGACGAAGAUGACGACUCCAAAGCAGGAAGACCGACCACAGCUCGGCGCCACAUUCUAUCCUGGAGGACUCGACGGUUUUGACAUGCCUGAGUUGAUAUCGCCAGCUCCCCAGAGGGUAAUGCCCGAGGUGCCUUCCAAUAUGCAAGAGGGACUCGCGCAUCUCGAACUCGAGGCAAAUCCGUCAACGGUGUCGCCGAUCCAUGAGCAGUAUGGUGCCAGUCGCAAUAUAACAUAUCAACAAAGCAACGCCCCGCAAGGGUACGCGGCGAGUUAUGAGCAGGCGGGCGCCCCUGGAUACCAGAACAACCCCUCACAACCGACGAUACGCAGGGACGGCGAUAUGCCGUUACCCUCCCCGUUCCCGGGGCUGCAGAACCCAGGGCCAAACGUGCCGCUGACGGACGAUCAAAUGGAAGAGGAGCUGGAACAAUGCAGGGAGAAGGUAGUGGGCUCAAAUGACCCGGAGAGGCAGUUGAGAUGGGCACAGGAUGCACUACACUGGUCCGACAUUGCAAUCCAGAGCCGGCGCCGAGCUGCUGUCGGUUCGACAAGCAGGCCUACUACACCAAAUGUCGAGCGCCGGAUCCGCGAUGAUGCCCUGAACAUCACCAAGUUCCUCGCCGAGCAAGGCCACCCAAAGGCCGAGUUCUUGAGGGCAGGCUGGUACGAGUUUGGCAAAUUCGGCUUUCCCGAAGAUGCAAAGGAGUCGUUCGCAGGAUACAAGAGAGCGGCAGAGAGGGGCUACGCGCGAGCUGAAUAUCGGAUUGGAACUCGGUACGAGAGCAGCAAAGAUAUGCCGCGAGCCGUCAAGCACUACCAGAACGGAGUGGCACAGCACGAUUCGGCUUCAAACUACCGUAUGGGUAUGAUGGCAUUACUUGGCCAGCAUGGACAGCCGCAGAACUACGAGGUUGGAGUUAGGCAGGUGAAAUAUGCUGCGGAUACAGCAGAUGAGAACGCUCCGCAAGGUUCAUAUGUUUACGGAAUGCUUCUCGCGAGGGAACUGCCGAACAUCUCACUCCCCGACUUUGUUUUGGUAUAUGAUUUGGAGCAAGCAAGACACUAUGUUGAGCGAGCUGCGUUACUCGGGUUUUCGAAGGCACAGCUGAAGAUGGGCUCGGCUUAUGAGCUUUGUCUCUUGGGCUGCGAAUUCAACCCAACUCUUUCACUGCAUUACAACCGCCUGGCAGCAAGCCAAGGUGAGCCGGAAGCCGAGAUGGCUAUCAGCAAGUGGUUCCUCUGUGGUUUCGCAGGUGUUUUUGAGAAGAACGAAGAAAUCGCCUUCACGUAUGCGAAGCGCGCAGCCCAGCAAGAACUUCCUACUGCUGAAUUCGCUCUUGGUUAUUUCUACGAGGUUGGACUGCAUGUACCGAUGGAUCUUGGUCGAUCCCAAGAGUGGUAUCAGAAAGCCGCAGAUCACGGCAAUGCGGAUGCUGUAGCUAGAAUCGACGCCCUUCGUCUGCACAGGACCUUAUCCAGGAAAGACCACGAACAGAUGGCCAUCACACGCAUCCGAUCGCAAUACGGCUCUCGCAAGGGCAAGAGGCCCGAUCACCUGGCGCAGAAAAUAGCCGCCCAACAAGCCCCAACGCUCCCAGUGAUGAGCGAGGAGAGAGACGACUCGCCGCGCCCAGUCAGCGUUUACCCGCCCAGAAGCAGUUCCGUCCAGCCACAGCAGCCACCAUUCCGCGUGAUAACCCCCGUACCAGACUCCAACGCCCGACUCUCACAGCAACAGCAACCACCAUUCCGCGUGGUAACCCCUGUGUCUGGCGAUGUGAGACACGGGGGCUCUAUGCCCAGCUCGCCACUACAUAGCCAUUACAGGUCAGGCUCGGGAGGUAGCAUUGGCGGGACACCUAAUACAGCGCCAUACCCCGAGAACGACGUCGCGCACCCGAUACAAGCAAACCCCAACCUGAGACCACUGUCAGGACCGCCAGCUGACCGACCCAAUUCAGCUUUCGGAAUCAAGCCUCUGCACCCUAACCAUUCCUUUGGACCUGGUCAGGACCCAGCUCGUCGCCCUAUGAGCGCCGUGGGAGAUUUGCAAUCCCAGCAACGACCACACCCAGCCCAGGGAGGCCGAGGCCAGCCAGUUGUUCCACACCAGCCGAAACGAGAGGGACCUACCAAUAAUGACUGGGAAUCCCAAUAUCGACUCCCUUACAGCCAACCACAACAGCAGGGCGACGGAAGGGGUAAACUCCAGAUGCAAGGGGCUCCGGUAAACAAACCUCACCCACAAUUGCCACCGCAGCAUGGUCAGCAGCCUCCUCAGCACCUACAGCCUCGCAACGAUUAUUCGCAGCAGAAUAGGCCAAAUACAGCUACGAAUGAGAGGACCUACUCCGCUCAGGCGCCGCUGAAGCCGCAUGCUCCUGGAGGCCAGAGCGGAGAUAGGCCUGUGUCCUCGGCUGGUGGCAACGGGCAAGGUGUAUACCCAUCGAGAUAUUCCUCGAUUCCGCCUGGAGCUGGGGGACCGGCUGUGACGAUAUCACCUGCUCCGACGCCGCCAAUUGCGAAGCCACAGCCGCCGCCGAAGAAGGGACCGCAGACUUUUGAGGAGAUGGGGGUUCCUGCUGCUUCCAAGGAUAGUGAAUGCUUGGUUAUGUGAAACAACCAACCAUAAAAAAAGGACGAAUGAUGAUGAUUUACGAAACAACAGUCCAUUUUGAAGACUUUGUUUUUAUCUGGGAACAAUAGAAGGGUAUAUGCAUACAUUGGAGACAGAUUUUGUUCAGAGGUUUAUUCUGUAUAAAGUAUAAUGUUCUUUCUUGGCCCUUUAUUUUUGUUUAUUUGGGCAUUGAUUUGAUACCUACCUCCUUUCUACGGUGGUUUUUGGCAUUGAGAGAGGGUCGUUUUACAUAGUUUUUUUGGUCGUAGUAUGGGGGUGGUAAAUAUAGGAUUGUUGUGUAGGUUUAGCUCUCGCCUCGUCUCGCCUGGGGGGUGAAGUUAUAUGGUCUUUGUUUGCCAGAUUUGUUCAUCACAAAUUCAGUCCACUUCCAUCUAUCUAGCCUUUUAUCCCAC